AUGAUACAUGUGAAAGACAACCGCGUAGCUCCAUUAUUCCCAGGCACUUGUCAACAGACUACUGGCAGGGAUAAGUUUUUUGGGGAAGGACAAGUCAACAAAUCCUCACUUCCAGGUAACAUAGAGAAGCAUUGUCAGCAUCAGACGACAGCAGUGACCUGUGAGGAAAGAAAUGGCGCACUGCAGAAUAAAGAAUACUCUCACAAUGGAUUUAACCGGGACAGAACAAGUCAUAUAUUUACCUGCUCUCCUGGAGAUGUGCACAGUCCAUACGUAGGACUGUCAGGAACCUGUCAUCAUAGUAUCAGACACCAGGAGGUCGAUGCUUUUCUGAAAGAUUCAAGGGCGGCAGUAAAUAACGCAAUUCCAUUUUCUUGCUGUGGGUUACCUACAGCACAAAGCGGGAUCGUAGCGGUACAUCAAGGAGGUGGGCGCUGGGUUCCCGAAUACCUGUCCCAUGAAAAGAAAGAAGACCCCAGAAAGUCCGAAAAGAGCAGUCAAGCGCCUCGCUGUCCUUCUUGCCAAAAAUUGACUGUUCGGGUGUUUUCAGUCCCGUACCAAGACCCAGCAUACAAACUAAGUGGAGAUGAAAAGUCCCGUCCAGCGUCAAGACAUCACACCAAAGUCCUUUUACCGAUAAAACCUGGAGAGACUUCCGCAACCUCCUCACUGGCGGCUUGGGCAGAGUACCUGAAGUGUUUUGUACGUACUUGUCCUAAUACGCAGGAGACGGCGUUCUGUCAGCAUUACUACGCCCUGUCUGUGAUCUGCUGGACAGCGGUUAUUCUCACUCUUAUUAUAGUCAUUGCUGCAACUGUGCAUAGUGUCUAAUACAGUGUUUCCCAACUAGGGU